AUGGAUGAUAAACAAUCCAUGGCUAAAAAUAAUACUCGUCCAGUAUCUCCAAAAACGAAUAAAAAUAAAGAAUUUUCUGAUUUAACGGAACGAAAUGAAGAAGAGGAUUUGGAACCACACGAAAGGGCUGCGUCAUGUUUUUAUGGAGGAUCAAAGUAUACACAUGGACAAAAGUUAAUACGUCUUGAUCCCUGUGAAGUUUGCCUGUGCAUAGAUGGUGAAAUUUUCUGCUGGUGGGAAAACUGCGACAAACAUCCGGAAAGAUAUACCACCGUUUCAAAUAAUAAAAAUAUGCAGAAGUCAGAGAAAACAUACAAAAUCCCCAAAUCGCAUAAGAGCAAAGCAAAAAAGAAGAAAAUUAAAGCAACUUUAGGGGAAGACUUGAUAAAAUUAGGUAAACCCAGACAUGAACUAAAAAGUAUGAAUAGACAUUCAAUAAUACAAUGUAAAUAUUUUACUGAAGAACAUAAUCAGAAACACCGGCAACAUCACAAACAACAUGAACAACAUCAUAAAUAUGAGGAAAAUCAUUUGGCAACAUCACCAACAUUUAGUAAAAUAUUAAAUUUCCCAGAAAAUUUACCUUCAGUACUAUAUCAUGACUACAAAUCCGAAGAACAUCAGCAUCAUCAAUACCAACAUCGUCAGCAACAUUUAAAACACCAACUAGUUCAACUACAAAUGAGACACCAGCAACAACAACAGUAUUUACAUGGACAGCAUAUCAAGUUUGAGGUAACAACGUUGCCGUCAGAACAUCCAAGCACGGAAAAUGACAACGUCGACAUAGAGACAGAAACUGACAGUGAUAUUUUACCAGAACCUCCAACUAAAAGACCCAAAAUGACAGUCACAACAAUACCGGCAACAACAGCAACAAAGUCAGCAAAUAAAACAAUUGCAACAAAAAGGACCUCUAAUGUUCAUAGCACAAAUGAUAGCAAGAAUUUAGACAAUAUGACUGCUGUUGACUGUACUCAGGAGGAGAGUGGAAAAACUUGUAGAGUAGCCGGUAGUGCAUUUACUCCAUACACAACAGCUACAGUUGUUAACGCAACACAGUCAAUUAAGACUUUCAAGAAUGCAGAAUUGUAUAUUGACAAUAAGAAUGAAAAUAAACAAUAUGAUUAUUUGAGCAGUAAAAACAAAAAUAAUAAUUUUAUUAACAAAAGAAACGAUGAAGUUGAGGAUGAUGCUUUUCAUCGUUGGCUGUCAUCCAAUGAGACACAUUUUAUAAACAACAAAUACGAUGAUUUCCAUAAUGGCAACGGCGUUGAGAAAACGGUUUUUGAUUUAAAAGAAUUGAAAGUUCUUAAUAAUACCAACAAAGUGCAAGAAGCGCCAUCAACUACAAUUAUUGUUGGUACCAUACCGACUAGAGUAGCGAAGAAAAGUGACAGAGACAAGGAAUCAAAUAAAAACAUAUAUACAGAGUCGGAAAAUGGCUUUCUAGGUACUGCUUACAAUGACUAUGGAAGCGAAUUCAAUGACAGCGUGAUAAAUAUUGACAUUUUACUAACAGAAGCCGAUGAGUCACGACGUGUUGAACAACAGACACAGGAAACGCAAAAUUAUGAAGAUAUGCAGAAGGAAAUAAUAAUAGUGGAAGCGGAUUUAAUUUUACGUCCUUCUGUUGCAGAAACAACGUCGCCAGUUUCGAAUGCAAUAAGAGCAAUGCCAACGAGCCACAACAAUAGUUCUCCAAUUAAUUUAAUGUCAACAACAAAUGAGGCACCCGUUAUUGAUACUUCAAAUAAAUUAAUUGCAGAUGCACUGAAUGUGGUGAAUAAAACAGCAGCAACAAAUGGAUUAAGUCCAGAUAAACAGUGCAACGUGAUGGGUAUAUUUUAUCAGAUUGGUGAUAUUUUGCCACAGGAUGUUGGAAAUUGCCUGCAAUGUAUUUGCACAGAAAGUUCAAUCGGUGAUGAUACACCUAGUGUAACUUGUAGCCCACAUAAUUGCCCACCACUUGUGUUGCCAGACUUAUUUGAGAACACAGUUUAUUGAGAUGUUUAAAUGAACAGUAAAAGAGUAUCAACAGGUCUUGACGCAUAAUUUAACUUAACCUAUCUGUGAAAAAUGGCUUUAAGUAAAACAGUAGUGCCGUAACUAAUGUAUGUUUUGCUUGUGAAUUAACUCCACAAAAGUUGAUGUUAAAGGAAGGACCAAAGUUUUUGAAAGGAUUCAUAGUCAAAGUUGUAUGCAUCAAAAAAGGCGACUACCACAAAAUAAGCAGUGAACAAUCAUUUUUGAUGAAACAUAGCCUGGAGAAGAUAUAAACUUAAAUGCUGUCUCAGUGAAAGCAAACGUUCAUUAAUGACACUUCGAUUAAAAUGAAGUAUUUUUCUCUUGGUUGCUGAUCUCAAACCGAAAAAUUGAAACUUUAAUGGGUUAAUAAAAUAUGUUUCUUAUUGAGCGGUAUGAGCUUCAUAUCUUCAGCAAAUUACUACGAAUAAAUAGAUUGAAAAUAUUCUCAUAUUCUUCACCGAAUUCUUCAUCCUUCUCUAUCGCAAAAAGGAAUGCUUCAAAUACUUGCAUGAAAUAAAAGCGUUGUUUUCCCACU